AUGAGUAUAGUGGAACAAAAUCUAACAAGUGCCUCAGAAUUCCAUCUCCUGGGACUCUCAGAGGAUCCAGACCUGCAGCCCAUCCUCUUUGGACUGUUCCUGUCCAUGUACCUGGUCACAGUGCUUGGAAACCUGCUCAUCCUCCUGGCUGUCAGCUCUGACUCCCACCUCCACACCCCCAUGUACUUCUUCCUAUCCAACCUGUCCUUGGUUGACAUCUGCUUCAUUUCCACCACAGUUCCCAAAAUGCUCAUGAACAUCCAAAUUCACAGCAGAGCCAUCUCCUAUGUGGGCUGCCUGACUCAGAUGUCUCUUUUUAGCAUUUUUGUGUGUAUGGAUAGUCUGCUUCUCAGUGUGAUGGCCUAUGACAGAUUUGUGGCCAUCUGUCACCCCCUGCAGUAUCCAGUCAUGAUGAACCCUCAUGUCUGUGGAGUCUUGGUUUUUGUGUCUUUUUUGUUUAGCAUUUUGGACUCUCAGCUCCACAAUUUGAUUACUUUACAAUUUAUCUAUCAUAAGAAUGUGGAAAUUUCUGAUUUCUUCUGUGACCCAUCUCAACUUCUUCAUCUUAUCUGUUUUGACACCUUCACCAAUAAUAUAGUCAUGUAUUUUACUGAUGUCGUGUUUGGGUUUUUCCCCAUUUCAGGUAUUCUCUUCUCUUACUAUAAAAUUGUUUCCUCUGUUCUAAGAAUCCCAUCCACAGGUGGGAAGUUUAAAGCCUUCUCCACCUGUGGGUCUCACCUGUCCAUUGUUGGCUUAUUUUACACAACAGGUCUCGCAGUGUACCUUGGUUCAGCCAAGUCACCUUCUUCCAAGAAGGAGGUAGUGUCCUCAGUGAUGUACACUGUGGUCACUCCUGUGCUGAAUCCUUUCAUCUAUAGUCUGAGGAACAGGGACAUUAAAAACGCCCUGAAAAGUUUCCACAGCAGAACAUUCUAA